AAUAUUUUGAAACUUAGGUGUCAAAAUGCAACUGAAGAGGCUUUCUAGCCAGCCAAUAGUUACUUGACACGAUGGAUUUGUCGGUGAGGCGAAGAUUACGCGUCAACAUCUAUUAGUUGAUAGUUAAGUCUAAGUUCAACGAAUCAGACAACUCCACAGAAAGCACUCUUUUGUCUCUCGGUGACUCACAUUCAUCCAACUCUUCAGGUAUGUCUACAUCUGAGAACAAAGUUGAAAUCGUGGACAGAGCCCACAAGGAGGAAGAGAAAGAAGGAGAAGGCGGUUUCCUAGACAAGGUGAAAGAUUUCAUUCACGACAUUGGGGAGAAGAUAGAGGGAGCCAUUGGCUUCGGCAAGCCAACAGCUGACGUCUCCGCCAUCCACAUCCCCAAGAUCAACCUCGAGAGAGCUGACAUUGUCGUUGACGUCCUCGUCAAGAACCCCAACCCAGUCCCCAUCCCUCUCAUCGACAUCGACUACCUCAUCGAAAGCGACGGGAGGAAACUCGUCUCUGGACUGAUCCCUGACGCUGGAACCAUCAAGGCACACGGGGAAGAAACAGUCAAGAUACCGUUGACUUUGAUCUACGAUGACAUCAAGAGCACUUACAACGACAUCAACCCCGGGAUGAUCAUACCUUACAGGAUCAAAGUCGAUCUCAUCGUCGACGUCCCUGGCUUGGGGAGGCUCACGUUGCCUUUGGAGAAACGUGGAGAGAUCCCGAUCCCUAAGAAGCCUGAUGUUGACAUCGAGAAGAUCAAGUUCCAGAAGUUUUCUUUGGAAGAAACCGUGGCGAUUCUCCACGUGAGGCUUGAGAACUUGAAUGACUUUGACUUGGGGGUUAAUGACUUGGACUGUGAGGUUUGGUUGUCUGAUGUGAGCAUUGGGAAGGCAGAAAUAUCAGAUUCCAUUAAGCUUGAUAAAAACGGAAGUGGGUUGAUUAAUGUGCCGAUCACUUUCAGACCAAAGGACUUUGGUUCUGCGCUUUGGGAUAUGAUUCGUGGUAAGGGGACUGGGUACACUAUUAAAGGUAAUGUGGAUGUUGAUACACCGUUUGGAGGUAUGAAGCUUCCUAUUAUCAAGGAAGGUGGUGAGACUCGUUUGAAGAAGGAAGAUGAUGACGAUGAGGAGUAAGGAGAAGAGCUCGAGUGAAUGAGUGUGUUUAGUGCUGAAUCUAUUCUAUUAAAACAGCAAUAUGACCAAUUGAUAUAUGUUUUAAUAAAAAGCAACGGUUAUCCCACUAUAUAAAAGCUACUAAUUUUGAGGCU